AUGAAGACUUUCUUCAUCUCUUUCAUCUUAUUUAUCGGCCUGGCUUUUGCACUCCCUAUCGAAUCUGGGAAUUCACCUCUUGGUGGUCUUCCUGUGAUUGGUGGUCUUCUUGGCGGUAAUGGGGAUUCACCUCUUGGUGGUCUUCCUGUAGUUGGGGGUCUUCUUGGCGGUAGUGGUAGUGGUUCGCCUGGUGAUAUUGCUGGUAGUGUUUUACCUGCACUCACAAGCUUGGUAGGAACACUCACCAACGCUCUAUCAAGCGUUCUUGGCCUUCUUACCAGUGUCGGCGGCAAUGGCGCUCUCAGCAGCGUCACUGAUGUUCUCGGCGGCGUUACAAAUUCUGUCGGUGGUAUCGUUGGCGCCUUGGGCGACAAGAUAUAA